AUGCAAUCCCUCCAUGCCCUGUGCCACGACGACGCUGUGGAUUAUGCGACGACGACGCCUGCGUAUUCGUCGACGUCGACACAUUACUCGCCAGCUGUUGGAGCGUUACCACCACAGUGUCCGCCAUCCAAUGUCAAGACCCAGUCUUUACUCAGUGGAGCCUUGAGUCUUAAUGUCAACUCUGUUCACUCGCAGUUUCAUCCAUCGUCGUCACCCAGCCUGUUUUCACUUCUUCGGUGGUUUACCAUGGGUCAUCGAGUGCAACAAGAAUUUGUGACUUCCGAUGCCCCCACGCUGUUUGUGCAGUCGGACGCAGCCUUGUUCCCGACCCAGCGGUGUCCGAGUUUGUUCUCGUCACGCAGCCGCGCAUUUUUCGAGAGUACCCCAAGGGUGAAACCUCCAUGUCGACACCUGACGGUCUCAUUUACGGCGAUUACGUUAGGUCGCUUGACAGACGUGCUUCGUCGCUCGCGUCCACCUCAUAUCGUCCAACAACGGGGCUGCAGUGACGGGCGAGAUUGCACUCAUCCAAUCCAAGUUCCCGACGCAGCUGAGAUCAACCUGGAAGAGAAGAGCCCCCACGAACGGAUGGCGCAACCCACCAAGUACAAGUGCUACAAGUUGCGGGAACCUACCACCGCGUCGAAUAGAUAG